GCGCGACGGGAAGAGCGUGGUGGGGGAUCUCGCGAUCUCUCCCCCCUAUCGCCAGUCGCUUCGUAGCCGUUAUCGCGACAGGUUCGUUCGCGUCGUUUUCGCGUGCGUUUCGCGACGCUCGGCCAACUUACGCGUUGCCGCUCGACACUCUCGCCAGGGGGAUUGACCUGGCGUCGUAAUUUCGUCGAGAGAGGAACGUUUUUAAACGCCCGCGAGCGUCGCUUCUUUUCGAAGCGGCUCGAAACAUUUGCGCGCGCGCGCGCGCGCCCCGUCUCGAGUAAACAAUCGAGAGUGUGUACGGCGUGCCAGGGCGACGUAUCCAGUGUUAUUCGCGACGCCAUCGAGGGGAGGCUGCGAGUUUCGAGUAAAUAUAGAUCGCGAUAAAUCGAGGAACGCGCUCGCCGGCGGCGGCGGGGAAGGUGCGCGGUAGAAAAUAAUCUCGGCCGGUGUUUUUCCGGCGCGAGAGGUACGCCAACGCGCGACGGCGGCCGCGGCGGGCGCAAUUUUUCCUGCCUUACCGACCGAAAAAAAAGGGCACGCCGCGGACGCGAAGAGACGCGACGACGGCCGUCGACGGGAUCGUUGAUCCUUGUGCGCGUCGCGCGGGACUCGCCGAAUGAACGCCCCGGUCUCCCGGCUACCCGGGAGAAAUCCGUCGACGAUCAUCCGCGUCGAGACGGCCGCGCACCGAUGGGACGGUAGUGACGAAUGAAUCGGAGACCGCCGAUGGAUUUUCGGCGAGGAAACGGGGUGCGGAUCACGUUUACGAACGCACGUCGCGGGACGACACGUCAUCGCCGAGAGGGUCCAUCGUAGCGGAUCCCCGGGCUAUAAUUCUAAUAGUCUUUCCCGUUGUCGGUUGUUGCUGGUUGUGUUGUUUGUUAUUGUUAUCGUUGAGAGGAGUGUCGUAUACGUACUCGUCGAGAAAUAGUGUAUCGCGUGACAUGACGCGUUUUCGCGCGCUCUAAAAAAGUGGGCGUACAUCGCCGCAGUGUAUGUGUGUGUGAUAUAUAUAUAAAAGUUGUUUCCGUGAACUCGCUAAAGCGGGAAAUCACGCAGGAAGGAUGUAUCCUAGCGCCGGAAUCAACGCAGCCGCCGUGGCCGCCGCCGCUGCCAGGCAUCCGGGUCCACCGCAGCCUGGACAGCCGUUUAAAUUUUCUGUUGGUGAAUCCUGCGAUCGUAUCAAGGAGGAAUUCAAUUUCUUGCAGGCUCAAUAUCACAGCCUUAAAUUGGAGUGCGAGAAACUGGCCAGUGAAAAAAUAGAGAUACAGAGGCAUUACGUGAUGUAUUACGAGAUGUCGUACGGGCUUAACGUGGAGAUGCACAAACAGACGGAGAUAGCGAAAAGAUUGAACGCCAUCAUCGCCCAGAUCCUGCCGUUUCUCUCGCAGGAGCAUCAGCAGCAAGUCGCCACGGCGGUCGACAGAGCUAAACAAGUGACCAUGACCGAGCUGAACACCAUCAUCGGGCAACAGAGGCCCGACUUGCCGAGACUGCUGCAGCAGAUGCACGCCCAGCAAUUGCCGCCUGGAGCGGCGAUGGGACCGCAUCCGGGUAUACCCGGACUUCCUGGAUUGGGCCCAGGUGCCGGUAUACCGGUCCCCACCUCUGCGUCCGCGGCCCUUCUCGGUUUGGGCCUUCCCCCGGGAGCAGCCGCCACUCCGGGAGGUACAGCCGCGCAUCCACUGUCGAUGCUGACGAAGCCGGAUCUUCAUCGAGGUCAGUCUGACGAUUUGAAGCCCAACGGCGGUCUCAAUCCAGCCGAAGAGAGACAUAGAAACUCGAUAUCGCCGGCGGAGCGAGAGAAAUACAGGCCGCGCAGCACGCCCGAUCCACAGCACGAGCAUCUUCUGGGGAAGAAACUGAAGAAGGAACACGACAAGGAUAUAGGCCAUCAAAGCGAUGGUGAAAAGAGCGACCAAGACCUGGUGGUCGACGACGCGAGCGAGGGCCCCAACAGUCCGGCGGCGAACGGCACCGCGUCGCCGCGAGAGAACGGUCUGGACAAGCUGGGCCCGUCCUCGGUACCUCUGAGCGGUCAGGUGAAGAAGGAGGUGCCACCGCCGUCGCCUAGAAGCGGCACCAGCAGCAACGCGAGCACACCCUCGGCUAAGAAGAUGGAGGAACGCGAAAAACCGACGACACCGAUCUCGAAACCAGUUACACCCACGUCGGCAGGUGGCAGCAGUUCCGGUUCCGGUGGCCUGAAACCGAGUUCCAGCAAACCGCUGGUCUCGGCCUCCGUAGUCGGUCCUUAUCCACCGCAUUAUCCUCCACCGCAUCAUCCGCCAGCGGGACCUCAUGUGGACAUGCUAGGCUAUCCCCCGGCGGCGCUCAACGGCUACCCUGCGAGACCACCUCUUCAACAGCUCUACGAUCCCCACGCCAGUAUGAGAGCGCCGCUCGGACCACUCGGCGUACCUCCAGGCGGUAAACCCAGUGCAUACAGUUUUCACGUGUCUAGCGAAGGCCAGAUGCAGCCGGUGCCGUUUCCGCAGGACGCACUCAUUGGCCCGGGGAUCCCGCGUCAUGCGCGUCAAAUAAACACGCUCACUCAUGGCGAAGUGGUCUGUGCCGUAACAAUCUCGAAUCCAACCAAAUAUGUCUACACCGGUGGCAAGGGCUGCGUCAAGGUAUGGGACAUCAGUCAGGGCGGUAGCGGUAGCGCAAAGCCAGUCUCCCAGCUCGAUUGCUUGCAACGAGACAACUACAUCAGGUCGGUGAAACUGCUGCCUGAUGGUAGAACGCUGAUUGUGGGCGGCGAAGCGAGUAAUCUUAGUAUCUGGGAUCUGGCAAGUCCGACGCCAAGAAUCAAGGCCGAAUUGACCUCCUCGGCACCGGCAUGUUACGCCUUGGCUAUAUCACCGGACUCGAAGGUUUGCUUCAGCUGCUGUAGCGAUGGCAACAUUGCUGUGUGGGAUCUGCAGAAUCAGACAUUGGUCAGACAAUUCCAAGGUCAUACGGAUGGUGCUUCGUGCAUCGAUAUCUCCGCCGAUGGCUCGAAACUCUGGACAGGCGGUCUCGACAAUACUGUACGCUCUUGGGAUCUCCGGGAAGGCAGGCAACUCCAGCAGCACGACUUCACGUCUCAGAUAUUCUCCUUGGGGUAUUGCCCAACCGGCGAGUGGUUAGCCGUGGGUAUGGAAAAUUCGAACGUCGAGGUACUCCAUGCCACGAAACCAGACAAAUAUCAGCUGCAUCUGCACGAGUCUUGCGUGCUGUCGUUACGUUUCGCUUCGUGUGGCAAGUGGUUCGUCUCCACCGGCAAAGACAACUUACUUAAUGCGUGGCGCACGCCUUACGGAGCCUCGAUUUUCCAGUCAAAAGAGUCAUCCUCGGUGCUCAGCUGCGAUAUUUCUACGGACGACAAGUACAUCGUGACAGGAUCUGGCGAUAAGAAAGCCACCGUCUAUGAAGUGAUAUAUUGAACCACAUAUUGAUUCGUCGAUGCAUUUGAACGCUCACGCAACAUCGAUUGAGGUUUCUUGUGACACUUGAUUUAUGACGGAGGAAUUGAAAAAAGAAAAUAAAUUUCUUGUACGUGAAAUGUGACUUGUACUUCAAGAAACUGUACGGCGAAUUAAUUGAAUUAAUUUGAUAAUAACUGACAAGACUUGGUCGACAAGACUACGGUUGCUAUAUUCGACAGAAUCUCAGUUAAAUACCACGUUUCUGGUAACGAGCUCUCAAGACACUUAAAUUACCAGGGAAUGGUAUGUAAAAAUAUUGCGGAGAUAUAUAAUUAUAUAAAAAUUACAGCGUUUAGCUGUAUAAAAUUGUAUAGAGUUUAUGAUCGUAAGUAGAAGCGAAUGAAGCGAAUGAAAUAUGAGAGAAACAAAAUGCGUGUAAGUACCCUCCGACCGUAUUUAACGCGGGAGGCGAUAUGAAAUCGCUUGUGUAAUAUGUUACUGAUGUAAUAUAGAGUCAUUAUAAUUAGGUUCUUAUGUGCGUGCGCGAUUGCGAGAGGAAAUGGAACGAGGAAUCGAGUGCGUUUCGUCAAACGAGAUCGCUCUCGCGCAGAAACGACGAAAUGUAUGUACACCGCGAUGAAAUACCUGAAUACGUAUGGAAUGCUGAUCUAGUGUUGUAGACUUGUCAAAGUAGGGAUGUGUAUGUUGUGUCGCAAAAUUAUACAUAAUAUAUCGAGCACACAUGUAGACAGAAUGUUUACGUCAUGUAGCGGAGGAAUUGUAGGGCUAUGAGAAAUCGAUAAAUAUCGAUCACGCUAACAGUGUUGAAUGUACAUCAACGCGCAUGUUCAUCGGCAUCGAAGCCAAUGUGAUCUUUGACAUUUCUACCACCGACAAGAGGAAUAAUUUGUACUUAUUACACCUUCAGUUUUUAAAUAACGAUUCUUUCAUAAUUAUAUGGCACUGUUGCGUCUGCCGUUAAGACUUUAUUGUAAUUGAGAUUUUAUAAAAGUGUCGCGCGAAUGGAGACAGUGAUAAAGAAGAAAAAAAAAAUAAAAAAUAAAAACGGCGAAAGAUACUUUUUGAUCUUUUGCGGUAAUUACGCGUAUUAAUUAGGAAAACUGGCUUUCAUACGGCUAUCACAAGCGGUAUCGAAUACAAAUAGAAACUCUAUAAGUUGCGCCGUAUGCGCGUGGAUUCUUGAUAUAAUGUACAUUGUCUUGACUGCCAUAAUAGGCAUAUACAUACCACGCACAUGCAUAUGUGCGUAAACACACGGUUCCCACACACAUUCAUACACGCACGUACA